UCCUGGUAACACUGUCAGUGAUGUGUCCAGUCAGACAUCUGGGGAUCUGAAAACUGAAGAACAAGACAUCAUAAUGAAGUCAAAGAAAGAAGAAGAACAGCCUGAUGGAAGUGACUAUAACCACCCACAGGUACUUGUGAGACAUCAACUCUAACAAGAAUGGGCUGACAUGGAAAUACAACGAUUUGAGUCAGAGAGUUUGCUAGAAGCUACCUCCUCCUAUACCAUUGAGAGACAGGACUUAAAGAAGAAAUUAAAUCAAGCCCUAAGUCAGAACAAGACAUCAUAAUGAAGUCAAAGAAAGAAGAAGAACAGCCUGAUGGAAGUGACUAUAACCACCCACAGGAUAAAAUUGCCAUGCUAAAACCAGAAACACAAACGAUGAAAGAUCAGAAAGAAAAGAAAUAUCUUGAGGACACUGAAAUUACAAAAGAAAAAGAUGAUCUUCAAAAGAAAACAGUGAUUAAGGAAACAUCUACAAAAGUAAUGUUCCAGCAUGGUGGACAGCUUGACUUCCUGACAUCUGAGAAUACAAUGCUACAUUCUAAGUUGCAGAAUGAAAAAGCAAGCAGAGAAAGAUUGGAGACAGAAGUUGUAUCAGACAAUUCUAGACUAUCUACUGCUACCCGUGAUCAUGAGCAAAGUCAGGCAUCAGAAAGAGAACUAGGAUUUGCUUUCCAUAGUCUUAGAGCAAGAAAUGAGUGGUUUCUGUCUAAUCAGGAAGAAAACAUGAGCAUUCUUUCUCGACAGCUUUCUAAAGCUGAAGGUAAAGUCAGUAGCCUGGAAAUUGAGCUGAGUCACACCAGAGAUGCCCUUAGAGAAAAGACUUUGGACUUAGAAAGUGUGCAAAGAGACCUAAGCCACAUACGCUGUCAAAAGAAGAACAUUGAACACAAGUAUGAGAACAAACAAGAUAAACUGAAUAAAUACAUCAGAAAGCAGGAGUUCUUAGAAAAGAGAUUAUCUCAACUACAAAGUGAAAAUGAGUUGCUCCGACAGCAACUGGAUACUGCUCAGAACAAAGCUAAAAAUGAACUCCAAACUGAAAGGGAAAAAUGUCUUACCCUAGAAGGAAGGAAUAAAGAAUUACUCGACGAUUUUAAUCAUCUCAAAGAAAGAAUGACUCAAGGUGAAAAUGAGAAAAGAGAACUAGAAGUACGUGUGAGACACCAACUCCAACAAGAAUGGGCUGACAUGGAAAUACAACGAUUUGAGUCAGAGAGUUUGCUAGAAGCUACCUCCUACUAUACCAUUGAGAGACAGGACUUAAAGAAGAAAUUAAAUCAAGCCCUAAGUCAGGUUGUUGAUCUUUCAAGAAAACUGGAAGUUUCAACUUCAGAAGUCAGAAACCUUAAAACUCACCUGGCAAGGAUUUCACUGGAACACAGUAAGCUGGAAGAGUACAGACGGGACACUGAAGAAAGAGCAAGACAGAAAACGGUAGAAAAAUUAAAAGAAGUCGAUUGGUUUUUACAGGUUAAUUUAUUAAUCUGUAAUGUGCCUUAUUUCAUCUCCCUGGAGAUUACAUUUUUGAUGUAUACAUUUAUCUCUAUUUCCUCUACUUUUAUGACAGUUGGUUUCAUAGAUUUCUGGAAGGAAGGUAGCAUGUGUUUCUCCUAA